UCCAGAUCCACCAAAAGAUGUCAGAAUAUAUGUUAUUGGUAGUACAGCUAAAAUAUCAUGGACAAUUCCUACCAAUAUUGAAGGGGCAACUUGGACUCGGAUUUAUAUUAAAGAUUCCACAGGAGCCGAAAUAUAUGUGAAAGGAUCAUCUAAAUAUAACAUUUAUAAAGAUAUACCACUUCCAGAAACAAGCUUUGAGAUCGCCAACUUGAAGUUGUGUUCAGAAUAUUCUGUCAAACUACAAUUUUUUAGUCCGUUUUCAGAAAUCACCACACGAAAGUUUUGGAUGACAAACAAAACAUUUACUGCUGACAUCAAUCAAAAUAUUGCUUUAUCCUGGACGACCAGUUUAACCGAUUUUUUCAAUGUCCGGCCGCCCAGAAGUUCGGACGUUAUAUAUCAAGUACAAGGCGGCUCUAUCAUAUCUAAUUUUGAAGACAGGAAAUACAUAUUUGACAAAAUGACACAGGAUGUGAAAGCCAUAAACAUUACAGUUAUCCGUGUGAAUAUGACUGAUGCUGGGCUGUACAGCGCAGAAACAGGUGGUAAUGUGGACGGGUGCUGUUUGUUAAUUGUAACAACAAAACCAAUUAAACCAACAGUAACCAUUCAACCUGAGCAUCCAUUUGUCGGUGAUAACAUUAUCUUUACCUGUAAUUCAAUGGUUCAACGUUGGCCUGGAAAUUUACCUUCACACCUGUCAUAUCAAUUUAUUGGGAAUACAAGAGGAGAAUCCAACAACAACAGAUUAACAAUGAACACAAUUACGAAGAUGGAUAAAGGAACGAUUAUAUCAUGCCAGGCAACUGAUGAUCUUGGAAAAACAUCGAUCAUGAGUAAUACUGUUACAUUAGACCCGUACUAUGGUCCUGAAAAUGUUGUAGUGGAACCUGCAAUCGCAAAUAUAAAUGUUACAGAAGGAACUGCAUUAGGCCCUAUAUAUUGUAUUGCAACCUGCAUUCCUGGGUGUAAAUAUAAAUGGAAACAAAGCUGGACAGGUAAAUUCAAACCUGUUUCAAGCAAAUACAUUUCAACCCAAAACCGUAGUGUAAAGGUUUCAGCCAUAAAGAGGAGUCAAACCGGAACCUACCGUUGCCGGGUAGAUCAUUCUACAGGUUACAAAUACAAGACAAAAGAUAUAUCAGUGAAUGUACAGUAUUCUCCGAAAAUAACUGCUAUCUGGUUUAGUUCUAACAAUCAGAGAUAUGGAGUACGUACUCCUACAACAUUUAAUUUCAAUGAAAAAGUAAAUGUGAAAACGACACUGCGUGUGGAAAGUAAUCCUGAUCCGCAAAUAAUGUUUAAAUCUUCCUUGUUGAAAAUUCAACAAAUCAAUAAAGGGAAUGGGUAUAUUGAUUUCACAUCUAACCUACCUUCUCUUAAAUGUGAAGAUUCCGGAAACUUUUCAAUACAGGCUAGUAAUAGGAUACCAUAUGCAGAUACCAGAAUGGUCAACUUUAAAAUAAGUUGUAAACCUAGGAACGCCACACCAGAAUCAAGAACAAUAGGUGCAAAAAUUAAUACAGUAAAACAUAUAGUAUUGCAUGUUACAUCAUUCCCGGCACCAACUGUAACGUGGGUACGUCGGAGUAGCUUCACUUGGAAGAUUCAGAAAGAUAGAUACGAUUACAGACAUAAAAUUCAUUCCAAAAUAUGUAUCAGAUCUGAAGUAGACUUUGGUGUGUAUGGUUUCAACAUAUGUAACCGAUUAGGAUGUAUUGUGGAAAAUAUUACUCUGAAACCGCAAGAUAAGCCAGAAGCACCGCAAAAUUUCUCUGUCGAAACAACAACAUUUCGAUCAGUGAAUAUAUCCUGGAUUGCUGGAUUCAAUGGCGGACACGAGCAAACCUUUUCAGUCCAGUAUAAAGCUACAGAUAAUGUCAAAUGGGACACGAAGACUGUACAUACUAAUGACAUAAAAACGGGGAGUACGGUAUACUACACAUUGGAUCAGCUUAGACCAGACACGUCAUAUCAAGUAAUUGUUGUGUCAAAGAACAUACAAGGACAAAGGAAUGCGUCACUUGAAUUUAAAACAAAAGUGGAACCUACUGUUAAAUCUCCAUUAAAAACAGCCUCCAUGACUCCGGUAUUAAUUGGUUUUGGGUGUGGUAUAGCAGUUAUACUUAUAAUAGUAACUUCUCUAUAUGUGUUUUGCAGCAGAAGGAAUAGAGGCAGCACAAGUGAAUCAACAGAAAGCAAUGUGUUGUAUGCAGCAGUUGAUAAGAUACAACAGAAAAUCAAACGGCGAAACCCGGAAAACGAAAACCAGGAUUCUAAUGAACCUGCGAAUGCCGAAUAUGCUUCUGUUGUUAAACCCAAAUCCAAAUCUAAAAAGGUACAUUACAAAGAAGAUGAAAUUGAAAAAGAAAACGAUGAAUAUGCAGUUGUAGACAAAUCAAAUAAAAAGAUAUAUUACACAGAGAAUGACAAUGUAUAUCCAAAUCAAGGCGAUGCAGAUUUGCUUAUACAUCAACCAUUGAAAACAAAACCAUCUGGACGGAGCAAAAAUAAAGAUGGUUUGACAUACAUAGAAGUAUCCUUCACAAGGAAGCCAAAAGGUCGACGUCGUAUCAUUGGAGCUGAAAACAGGACUGACUAUGUUGAUAUAGAUUUCACAAGAAAAGCUGAUCCAUUACCAGAAAGUUCAGAUGAAUAACGUCUUUAAAACUGAUUUUUUUAACUCAAGUUUUGUUUUGUUUUAAACAUGUUUAAAUAUAGAAAUAUGUUUUAACAGUUUGAAGUGUAUGACUUGUACAUUCACAAAAAAAUGUUAGACGAUCUGGAUGGGGUUAGCAGAAAAAAGAAUAAUGGGAAACUAACAUAUAUAAAGUUGUGGAACGACUUGACAGCAAAAAUAAAAGAAUAGAGAUGAAUGUCCUAAAAACUAAAGAAUAAAUAAAUGAAUACAUCCCCAUCCAGACCCUUACGCUAAGUAUUUCAAAAAGUAAGAUCAAUCUUACUCUAAAUACCAGAAGUUCUUCUUUCAGAUGAGAAUAUUGCUUGUCAAUCAGAGAGAGAGAGAGAGAGAGAGAGUUUUAUUUUGCAUGAUAGAGCUUUUUGAUGUUUAUCCUUUCAUUUACAUUUUUUAUUGUAAUUGUGGUUAUCAAUUAUUUAAAUGUGUUUACUUA